UUCUACCGAAGUGCUCACGUCCAGACCAUCACGCGACAUUGUCCCAACGCGGGAACGCGUAUAUAAUCAUGCUGAAGCGGCAGCGGAGCAACACGCGCCGGACCGCGUACUUCUGCAAGGUAGCUUCCCUAUGGAGCAGAAUCCCUCUGGCCUGCGAGCCGCAGCCGCUGACCCAGACCGAGGGGGAACGGCAUGGAGACCAGUGUGCCCAGGCGCGCCCCGUGCGGCCCCCAGGGUGGACGACCCUGGAGGGCAACGGCAACGCGGGGCAGAAGAAAGAACGACGCCGGGGACCAGGACCAGCCCGAAGCCGGGCACUCCUGGUCGGCCCCAUUGGGGGCAGGAAACUGGAAAGCUCGACUGGGAAAAGGGCACAUGCAGCACUUGCGACGGAUGCUCACGCGCCAGCGGAAACGGAAACUUGGCCCUGUCGUCUCAGGAAAGAGCGGGAGGUAGGACUUGGAAGAGAGGAGGAGGAGGAGGAGGUGGAGGAACAGAGGGGAAAGAUGGGUGCUCCUAGUGGAGCCCCAACGGAGCUGUGACACGGCAUCGCCAAGCACUUGGGGCGGCCCUCGCCCAUGCGCCUGGACCGUUCGGUGGGCUUCCCUGAUGUGGCGUGUCCAGCGCACCGGCGCUCCACGAGACCCCGGGCCCGACCACAAACUCACGACAGCGGCUCGCGUGCUUGAGGAGGAGAGUGGCGAUGGCUGCUGCCGGCGAGGAGGACGACCAGGAGAGAGAGAGAGAGAGAGAGAGGAGCAGAUCGAACUCAUCUGCUGGGGGAGGCAGACGAGGAGCCCCGGACGGGCGGGACUCGAGCGACCCUGUACUAGUAGGGUAACGGGCCCAGCCAACACAGGAGCUGCAGCGCGAACGACUCGAGCACCGCGCUGCGUCUGCGGCGAGGCCGAAGGGCCAGCUGGACCUGCGCGGGCAAAAGCAGAGCACGGGGCGGAGAGCCCAGCGGUCGUGGGGUGAAACUUGUCCACCUGGCGGCUUGGCACGGGCGCCGCACCGCCGGUACCGCCAGGUGAAAGAGGGCGCGCACAGGCCGCCGCCACGCGCCGCGCGGGGGACGGUCCGCCCCACGAGCAGAACCGCACCCUGUGGUCAGGACGGCCCCCACCGAGCGGGUCUCGCAGCGGGCGGCGUCGCGUCUUCAGGAACAGGCCCCCUCUGCGAACCCGUCGGCGCCGACGCCGCGGGGGAGCUGGAUGGUGCCCUCCACGCCCUCUCCCCGCGGACGCCUGCUCCACCAAGGAGCAGGGCGCCACUGAAACAAUCAGACAGGCGACGCUGCGGAGGAGGGGCAGAGUAGGGCCCUCCAUGCCCACCCCCGCGGAUGCCUGACCCUCCAGGGGGCAGGGCGCCAGUGAAAGAAUCAGAGAGGCCUUCCUGCGUGGAUGUGCGGGGCCGCUGCGUCUUUUCCUCCCCUUCCCCCCCCCCCGGGUGUCGCC